CUUCAAAUCGAUAUCCGUUCCAGUUCGACAACAUGGCUUACCACAAGCGCCCCACUUCGAGCUACCAGCCUUGCGACUCAUAUUUUGUGGAAUCAUACGAUGACUUCACUGUCCCGCGGAUGGAUCCAAAGGAGCAUGCAAAGCUGGUCGCCCGAGAGCGUCAAUAUGCCAUGGCCGAUGAACUGUCCCGGGUCACUAGCGAGGAAUACCGUGAUGAUAUUCUAUCUCACAUGCUGGAUAUGGAUGCUUCCACCCUUCCCGAUGUUGAAUCCAUUGACAUCCAGACCGAAAUUCAAUGGUUCAUGCGUCCGUACUUGCUUGAUUUCCUGAUUGAAGCUCACACUGCCUUUCAACUGCUGCCUUCGACCCUGUUCUUGACAGUCAAUCUUCUUGAUAGGUACUGCUCCAAGCGCGUUGUCUACAAGAGACACUAUCAACUGGUCGGCUGUGCAGCGCUCCUAAUUGCCGCCAAGUACGGCGACAAGAAGGACCGUGUGCCUACCAUCCGCGAGCUCAAAUCGAUGUGCUGCUCUCUGUACGAUGACGACAUGUUCAUUCAAAUGGAAUGGCAUGUUCUGCAGACCCUUGGAUGGACUAUUGGCCAUCCAACCGUUGACAGCUUCCUCCAGACAGCAGUCAUGGACACCCCAUAUGACCCGGAGGUGGAGCAUCUUGCGCUCUACAUUGCGGAAAUCUCGCUAUUUCACCGCGAGUUCGUGUCCAAGCCGUCAUCCGACCUUGCUAGAGCUUCCCUUGCCCUAGCACGAUGCAUCCUCAACCGCCCUCAGCCUCGUCACACUGAAUGGGCCUCGCAGUAUGACUCGAUGACAUUGGUUGGAUUGUCGCAGCAACUCCACCAGCCGUCGCAAGUGCUCGCGAGGAAGUACUCGUCAUCUCAUUAUUCGCGAGUUUCGAAAAUCCUUGAGCAGUUCCUCGCACGCCAGGCUUCGAUCGCAAGCUACACUCCUCCCAGCCCCCCAUCCGACGUUGUCAACUCCGAAUCCAAACCAUACGAAGGAGAGAUCGGACUUGCUACCCCCCAAAAGGCUCCUCAUCCCACCAACAUGCCUCACGGUUAUAUCACUCCGCCAAUUACUCCCGAGAACGAAGCCUUUGUCAAUGGCAAUGCGGGCUACGUUAAAGCAGUUCCAGUGCCCAGCGCUUGCUCACCGUCGCCAACACCCUCGCCUAGUGUCCAAUACGUGACUCACAACCCCUACCAACAGGAGUCUAACUAUGUCACUCAACAACAAUAUCUUCAACCCCAGAUGAGCUUCACAAGUGGGUAUUAG